AUGAAAAAGAAAGAACAAGAGUUGAGCGGCGCCUCCUUCUUCUUGGACGAUCUCCUAGGGCUUCUCUUCUCUGACUCUCUUCUCACACGUACACUCUUUGAUAUUUUCGGACUCUCUUCUUCAGCGGCUAAAAACAUGUAUAUAUGGGCGAAGUCGCGUAGGGUUUUCUUCAUGCCGGAAAAGGAAAGUUUCCCAUGCGCCGAGCCUUCUUCUCCACGUCGUGUAUGGGCCGACAUUGUACCAAGGAAAGCUCCAAACAUUAGCCAGGCCUCUUCUCUAUUCGAUCAAGGCCUUUGGCGCUGCUGCUCGGGCCAUUAG